UUCAUUCUUUCUCCACUACACUUAAACAUUCUUACACUCAUUUCAUUUCAUUUCAAAUUAUCAAAUUUACUGAUCAAGUGAUCAUUCUUCACAACAACAAUGGCAGACCGUGAUCGUGAUACCCGAGACCCACGUCAAAUCCAUGUCCACACACAGCAUACGGGCCUACACGGCCCAAAAAGUGGUGGACCAAGCGGCCCAUCAGCUUCUCAAGUGGUGGCUCUUGUUACACUUCUUCCUGUAAGUGGGACCCUCCUCUUUUUGGCGGGUCUCACUUUAGUCGGGUCCGCAAUCGGUCUCGCCGUUGCGGCCCCGCUUUUUCUUCUUUUUAGCCCUGUACUUAUCCCCGCGGCCCUACUUUUAGCACUUGCUGUAACUGGGUUUUUAUCGUCGGGUGCAUUUGGGCUUACGGGCCUGUCUUCGCUUUCUCGGGUUGUGGGCUAUUUACGUCAAGCGGGCCGUAGGAUGCCUGAUGAUUUGGAUUAUGCUAAACGUCGUGUGGCGGAUAUGGCUGCUUUUGCGGGCCAGAAGACUAAAGAUGUGGGCCAGACUAUUGAGAGUAAGGCCCGUGAAAGUGGGACUCAUACUACAGGUCAUACUGCUACUGCUGGUAGGACUUAAAUUAAGGAUUAUGGGCCUUGGUUGAGUUAGUUGGGUUUUGUAAUGUGUAAAUGUCUACUUUGUUUUCUUGUUUCUUGUUUCUUGUUUUUAUGGGCUAUCAAAUAAUUUUAAAAUUUCUAUGUAUGUUCAAUGUAUUCAGUUUCCAUCUUUUUUAUGUUAAGAUACUGCUUUGCUUUUUAUGGAAUGUUUAGUCUGUUUAUGGAAAUAUAUGAGAACUUAAAAGCUGAAA